AUGCCUUUGUUUGUGAAUGAUCAUUUUGAAUUUGCUGAGAUGAACAUUAGACAUACAAAAAGUGUAGAUAAGACUAUGUCAAUGGUACGUCGUGCAAUAAAGAUGGGUUAUGAUUCUAUUGUGAUUAAUACAGAUAUUGGAGCACUUUCGCCGGAUUUCGGUGAUCGGGGUUGUGAAUCAUUAUCUAAAAAAAUGAGGAAGCGUCUCAAAAGACAAAAUAUUAUACCCGAUCCAGUUGUUAUUGACACUAGUGCACUAGACACUAGUUGGCUAGAAGCGAAUGGGAAGCACCUGAGACUUUUUAGCCGUUUAACUGUCACAAUAUCAGACAGUAGUGAGGUUCACUCUCUUAAGAGUGAUCCACAAGUGCAAAAGUAUGAUUUAAUAGCAGUACGUCCGGCAGAUGAACAAAUCCUUCAGAUAUUCAGUAAGAAGGGUGAAUUUAUUGAUAUCAUAACUUAUGAUCAAGCAUCCAGAUCUGUUAACUGGCUCAAUAAAAGCAAGAUUAUUCAGCUUUGUAUCAAUGAUGGCAUAACGUUUGAGAUCACUUAUGGCGAAGCUUUGAAAGACAGUAGCACAAGAAGAGAGGUUUUAAAAAAUGGUAGGCUUCUAAUUAGAUCCACAAAAAAUGGUGAUGGUGUCGUAAUUGCAAGUGGUGCGGAAGCGAUGAUCGACAUUCGAGCACCUUACGAUGCUGCUAAUAUGCUAGUUCUUUUUGGUGUUCGUCCCGAAAAUGCGCGAAAAUUUAUCUCAAGUAAUGCAAAGAAGGCUCUGUUACGAUCAGAAACUCGGAAUACGGUCAAGGGUAGCGUUUUGGCAAGCAGAGUACAAAAGAUGCCGGAGAAUCUCAGUACACGCUUAAAUUCACUUCAGAAAAUUAAAAGAAUACCUGAAUUUUGUACAGAGCUUAAAAUUGUAAAUCAGUGA